AUGGUAAAGAAAGUGUUGAUUGUGUAUGCUCAUCAGAGCGCUGGCUCAUUCAACGCCGCAGCCAAAGAUGCUGCUGUGGAAGCUUUAACAGCUCAGGGCUGCACAGUGGAAGUAUCUGACCUCUACGGCAUGAACUUUAAAGCCACUGCCACUGCCGAGGACAUAGUUGGGGGAGUUAAAAAUGCUGAUCACUUCCGUUAUGCAGAGGAGACAAAACUGGCGUGGGAGGCAGGCAAACUGUCUGCUGAUAUCACUGAAGAACAACGCAAACUCACUGAGGCAGACCUCAUUAUCUUUCAGUUCCCCAUGUACUGGUUCACUGUGCCUGCGAUCAUGAAGGGCUGGAUUGACCGGGUGCUCACACUGGGCUAUGCCUUCUCACAAGAGAAGCGAUACAGCCAGGGUGUCUUCAAGGACAAGAAAGCCAUGCUGUCCUUCACCACUGGGUCUCAUGAAUCCAUGUUCAGUUCAAAUGGCAUUAAUGGAGACAUGAAUGUCACACUGUGGCCACUGCAGAAUGGCAUCCUGCACUACUGUGGCUUCCAGGUUCUGGCCCCUCAGAUCUUCUGGGCUCCAUCUCACAUUUCCCCUGAGGCACGCAACACCAUGCUGGAGGGCUGGCGUACAAGGCUGCAAGGCCUGCUGGGAGAGGAACCGCUUUCCUUCACUCCCAUGGACUGCUUCGAUAAGGAGAAGGGCUUCCAGCUGAAGCCUGAGGUCUGUGAGAAACAUGCCACCAAGGAGUUCGGACUGACGGUGGGGAUCCACCUGGGCAAGCCACUGCCACCCAACAGCCAGAUGAAAGCUGGAGUCUGAAGA